UGCCUAAUUGUAAUGGGUAUGGGGACCGUAUGGUAAAUCAUUUUAGACAUUUUCUUAACCAAUUAAGGGUCACACAUGCAUGAUACAUGUACAUAAUGCAGUGUGGUAUAUAAUAAGUCACAGUACCUUUUACACGAGGCUCAUAGUUGAGAUAACCAGAGAGGAGGAUAGAGACGAAAAGAAGGAAAACAAUAAAAGACAAAACCAAAGACCGGCGGCCUUUCUUCUUUCUAUUAGUGCUGCCGACGGUGCAAUCGCCUCCCAAGGAUUCACAGCGAUUAGAUGGUCUAGAUCUACCAGAGCUGGCUUGACAAUAGUUCCAAAGUCCAAUACUCUGUCUCCACUGAGAGAUAUCAAUCAUUUCGAGGCUUGUUUUUCAGUGCUAGUUCACUUGUUUGCUAGGACUAGGUUGUCUGUUAUUACACGAACGAACGGGGCCUAAUAGGCGUGCCAGCAUUUUACAAUCUACCCGUAGAUCUACAUCCUUGAAUUGGUAGAGUAUAACUGAGAAGACGCUCAUAAUACCGUAGCUCUCCUACCUAAAGGAAUGGCUGCUCGUGAUAAUUUUGGGAAACAGUUGUAUAUUGCUGCUCAUGAUGGAAACAUUAAAGCAAUGAAGUCUGCCCUCUCCAAUGGGGCAGACAUUAACUGGGAAAACCCUGAUGAUCUAAACUACACUCCAUUGCAUAUUGCCGCUUGUUUUAACAAGCUUGAGGCAGAUUCAGUGCAGUUUUUAAUCAGAAAUAACGCUAAUAUAGAGUCUAGAGAUACUUCAGGAUUCACUCCUCUCAUGAGAGCAGCUGUUAAUGGAAGCUCACAGUCAUUGAUAAUCCUCCUUCAGAAUGGAGCAAAUGCGACUGCAAUUAACAAUGAUGGUAAGACUGCUCUUGAUAGGGCGGAGCUACAUGGUCAUACUGUUGUAGUUCACAAACUGAGAGAACAUGCAG